AUGGCCGCGCUCGCGAACCACCCGCGGGAUCAUACGAUCAUCGUGGGACGCGACCGGCGCUUCCGCUUCGACCAUGUGCUGGGGCCUCAGAGCACCCAACAGGAGGUGUACGACUCCUGUGUCGCGACGCAGGUCAACUCCUUCCUCGCCGGGUUCAACGCGACGGUGUUCGCGUACGGCCAGACGGGCUCCGGCAAGACGUUCACGAUGGGCAUGGGCGCGGCGCUCUCCGGCGACCUCGGCGUGGUCCCGCGCGUGAUCAGCGCCCUCUUCUCGGAACUGGAGGCGCGCGAGGCCGCGGGCUCCGCGGGCCGCCCGCUGUCGCUGCGCUGCCAGUUCCUCGAGAUCCACAACGAGGAGGUCCGCGACCUGCUCAGCCCGACCACGGCAGCGCGGGAGAUCUCCAUCCGGGAGCGCGCGGACGGCAAAAUCGCGGUGGCGGGGGCGGAGGAGCGGGAGGCGCUGUCGUACGACGUGAUGAUGGCGCUGCUCGAGGAGGGAUGCAUGGCGCGCACGACGGGCGCCACGCAGAUGAACCUGCACUCGAGCCGGUCACACGCCAUCUUCACCAUCAUCAUGGAGCAGCCGGCGUCGGCGUGCGCACCGGCCGCCACGGAAGCCGCCCGGCCCGCGCGGAAAGCAUCAGCGCAGGGGUCGCGUCCCUCGGGCGGGGACGUUUCUGUGCCGGUGGUCGUGAGCAAGUUUCACCUCGUGGAUCUCGCCGGGAGCGAGCGCCAGAAGAAGACCGGCGCCCUGGGGUCGCGGCUGAAGGAGUCGGUCAACAUCAACCAGGGCUUGCUGGCGCUGGGCAACGUGAUCCAGGCGCUUGGCGGAGAGCGCGGGCGGCGCGCGGGACACGUGCCAUACCGCCAGAGCAAGCUCACGCGCAUGCUGCAGGACUCCCUUGGGGGCAACGCGCGCACGUGCAUGGUGGCGUGUGUGUCGGUGGCGGACUCCUCCCUAGACGAGACCCUCAACACGCUCAAGUACGCCGCGCGCGCCCGGAACAUUACCAACCGGCUGGCGCACAACCACGAGACGCGCGCGCAGGAGGCUGCGCGGAUCCAGGACCGCGUCCUGCGCCUCCAGUCCGACGUGAUGGUACAAUUCCUGGAACGGCCGCUCGAGUCCCCCCCCCCGGACGCGCUGGUCGCGGCGCUCGGCGACGACAUGGUCGGCAUGCUGCGUGAGCGUCUCGCGGGCGGCAGCGCCGUGGAAGUGCGCGAGUCGGGCCCGGAGGCCGAGCAGGGGCUUCGGACCAGCCGCGACGCACAGGGCGCGGAGCUGCAGGCGGCGCGGGAGGAGUCGGCGAUGCUCGCACGCGACGUCACGCGGCUGCGGGCGGACGUCGACCUGUACCGGCUGCGUCUAGGGCGCGAAGAGCGCGCAGUGGAGGGCUUGGCAGGCGUGCUGCGUGCGCUGGCCGGGCGGGGCCUCGUGACUGACGAACAGGUGCGGGAGCUCGCCGAGGCGGAGGGGGUCCUAGGAGCCCUCCAGCGCGGCGGGCGGGGGCGGCCACAGACCGCCGCGGCGCCGCAGGGGGCAGUUGCGGGGGAGGAGCCUCCCCGGGGCGCGAUAACGGAUCGCGGGGGCUCACGGGCGGCGCGCGCGAUGCAGACGUUGCGAUGGAGUCGGAGUGCGGCGCGCGCGCACCAGCUGGCGGCGGCUGGUCGCGCGGACAGCGACGCGGCGCAGCGCGUGCGCGACCUGGAGACGCUGGUCGCGGAGAAGGACGACAGGCUGCGCGAGGCGGAGGAAAAGAUUGCUGAGAUUACCGCAGACCUGCAGCGCGACGAGGUGAUCUUCGCGGAGAAGAUGCGAGAGAUGGCGGAGCUGCAGGACGCGCUAGCGCAGGCGCGGCGGGAGGCCCCGGGGGUGUCUCGCUCGGUGGACGACGACGCGGAGGUGAUCGCGGGCGGCGGCGACGGCAGCGCGGCGGGACUGUCCGAGGAGGAACGCGCCGAUGCGGCGGCCCUGCGGCAGCUGCGCGCGCUGGAGAGCAACAUCGCGGAGAAGGAGGCCCUCAUCACCGACCUGCGCGAGAGCGAGGCGGCGGCGCGCGCGCUGAACGAGCGCUUCGAGGCGCGGCUGCGCGACAUGGAGUCCGAGGUCGCGGCGCGCGAAGCCGAGCUGGAGCUGGCGCGGCGCGAGGCGGAGCGGCUUCGGUCGGAGCCGGCGGAUGCAGUGGCAGCGCGCGACGAGCAGCAGGCGCGGCUGGCGAAAGCCGAGGGCGCGAUCCGCGCGUUGAAGGAGCGGCUGCGGGAGCAGCGGGACGCGGAGGUCGGGAAGGAGCGCGAGCGCGGCGACAGGCGCGUGCGGCUGCUAGAGGAGGAGAUGAGCGCCCUGCGUACACAGCAUGAGCACCUGCGCCAGCGCCUGGCGCGGAAGGACAAGCAGCUGCGCGGGCUGCAGGCGCACUCGCCGUGGGCGCGUGCCGCGGCGGAGCAGCGCCCGGACCUGGCGGCGAGCGCGGAGGGGAGCGUGCGGGCGUCGGCGGGGUGGGUGCCCGCAUGCGCCAGCCUUGGGGGGGAGCUCGAGUCGUGGCUCGCGUCGCGGGCGACGGCUGCGGCGACCCGUGGGGACCUGGCGGCGCAGCUUGCGCGCGUGCGGGAGCGGGCCGACGAGGCGAGGGCCGAGCUGGAGGCGCAGAGCACGGCGCGGUCGGAGCUGCAGCUGCGCGCAAUGCGGGCGGAGGAGUCGCUGCGGCGGCAGGUCGCGGACCUCGAGGGCGUCGCGGCCGAGCUGCUUGCGGACGCACGGGAGAUGGCGGAGGCGGCGGAGGCGGGGGGCGGUUCGGCGGAAGACGUGGCAGUGGCGGAGGAGGAGGCGCAUGCACUGCGCAGCCAGGCGCGGGCGGUGGAGCGCCGCCGGACGGAGCUGCAGGCGCGGCUGGAGGCCGGCGGGAGCGCCCUGGACGCGGACGACGCGGCCGCGCUGGCGCAGGCGGAGGACCGGUGCGACGUGCUGCGUGCGGAGCUGGAUUACUUGGCGGCCGAAGACGCGGACAUCGUCGCCCAGAUGGGCGGCGUGGUGGGCGCGGACGACGCGGUGCAGGGGCUGGAGGAGGAGGCGUCGGCGGCGGUGAAGCGGCUCGGCGGCGCGGGCGCGGCGCGGGCGCUUCUAGCGCGGCUGGUGGCGGCUGCGGCCGAGGCGCGGCGCGUCGAGGUGGCCGGGGAGCGCGCGGUGGCCGAGGUGGAGCUGCGCGCGGCGGAGCUACGCGACGAGGCGGCGGAGCUGCGCGCGGCGGUGCGGAAGCUCGAGAUCGAGCACGACCGGCGGCUCACUGCACAGAAGCGCGCGCACGCGCAGCAGGUGCAGGUGCUGACGCGGCAGAUGGACGCAAUCGGUCCUGGGUGGAGCCCGGGUCCUUCACACAUCGCGCACAGCGCAGAUCGGCGCGCUUCGGAGGCCGGGCACGAGGCAGAGCGGGAUCGUAAGCUGCUGCAAUUGUACAAGGACCAGGCCGAGACCCUGGCGAAGGAGGUGCAGUUCUACAAGACGACGACGCGGGAGCUGAAGCGCCGGCUGCGGCAGGAGGCCGCGGACGCGGCGGCGUCCGCGGCCGCGCGCGAGACGCAGCAGAAGGAGCUGGACGACAUGCGGCAGUCGCAGCAGGUCGUGGCAGAGCGCCUGGCGAGCGUGCGCGCGGCAAUGCGGGCGUCGACCGCGUCCGCUAAGCAACCCGCGCCGGCGUCGCCCAGUCGCCCGCAUCCUAUCGCAGCGGCGCUCGAGUCAGCGCACGGCGCACCGAAUGCUGCAUACGACCCUGCCGCCUUCCAGGAUUCGAUCGACAGCUCGGCGGCGGCGUCGCGGUCGUUCGUGGCCGGCCACGGCAGCUCGGGCGCGCGAGCGCGGUCCGGGUCGGACGCGGCGUCGGCAGGGCUGCGCGGGGGGCGCGACGCCGCUGCAAUGCCGAGCUCGGGUGCCGACUCCGUGGGACGGAAACUCGAGGCGAUGUACAGUCAGGCGGAAGAGCAGCUGCAGGCCCUGCGGCGGAGCUCGCGGCGCGCCGUGGACGCGACGGCUGCGCGGGCGGUGGAGACCAGCAUCACGUUGGGGCGCGAACGGUCGGGCAGCGGCACGCCGGGUCCUGGCGGCGCGAGCGGCAGCGGGGCGUCUGCAGCGCGCUCGGCGUCCGGGACGCCGCGCUCGACGGGCGCAGCCAGCAGCGGGUUCGCGUUCGCACCGCCAGCGCCAGCACUAGAACCACCCGGCUCGAACACGGGAGACUCGUACUUGUCUGCGGUCGGUAAUUCGGUGCUCAUGGGGUCGCCGGUCGGUAAAUCCGGCACUGGCGGGGACGUCGGCAGUUCGUCGCCGGGCCUGGCGCAUGCGGCGACGCCCUCGGGGGGGUUCGACACGCCCCGCCUUUCCACCACGCGGCCUGCGGGCACAAGUGCGUCGCCGGCAGCCGAUGUGCUCCGGACCUCGUUGAACGGCUCGGGAAGCUUUCAGCACGAGGCCGCCCAGUCCAAGGCCGCGGCGAUCCGAGCGAAGGCUCGGGCUCUGCGGCGAUCGAUCUCCUUCCGGCAUCCUGAUGUCAGGGCGCACGUCGCGGCGAAAGCGACCCCGAGCACCGGCGGGAGCAAGGCCUCGCGGAUGCGGCCAAUCAGUGCGACGCACGUGCCGCGUCCUGCACCUGGCAGUGCUUCGCCACUGCGGGCUCCCGGGGGCCCGCGCGACGACGAGUCCGGCGACCUGAGGUCGUCAUUGGGGGUGUCGGGUCACGGCCUCGGGCAGGCACGUGGAUCACCGUCGCCGGUGAAGUCAGCGCGGAGCGUCCCGUUCGACGCGUCGGUUCUGACGCGAGUUCAGCAGCUGCAGCGGCAGCGGGAGCGGCGGGGCAGCGGGGAUGGGUCGGCGGACCGCGGACGGCCGAAGAGCGCGCUCGAGAGGCUCAAGGAGCAGAGGGGAGUGGCGACGCGUGGCGGGCCUGGCCACCGACCAUUGUCUGCGCGAUGA